CAGUGGUAGAGGGCAGCUCACUGAAAACUCUGGUGGCUUCACCAGUACUACUUCAAGUACUACACAAGGCAGCGGGAGCGGCUUUUGUAAGCAACAGAUCCUAUCUGCGAUUUGCGGCGGAAGAGGCAAGUGAUGAUUCCAGGAACAGACACAGCUUCGUUCCUCGCUGAGCUGGAGACGUUCUUGCAAGCUGACAUCGAGGAGGGGGUUGAUUUACUCGACGAUGCAGCCUUGCAGCUGAGUUCUGUCAACUCACUACAUUCUGACGUAUGCACGUCCGCGACUGAUUCCGAUGCGAGCAGCGAGGCUUCUCCCGGUCCCAGGAUGCUCUCUCAAAUGUCGAAUGCUACAGGAAAGCGAAAGACAGAAGAAGAGCCAGAGACUAUGAUAGAGAAGGAGAGAAAAAGGCGCAAAUGUAUCGUCGGCGAGCCAAGAAUGAGCGUGACUCUCUUCGGAAAGAGGUGAUACAGCUUACAGAUCACUUGACCAGACUAUCUCAAGCCAAGAAGAACAACAACGCCGACAGUGGUGUCGUUGCUACCUCUCCAUGGGAGAUCCUAACACUGUGCAAUCGACAAAGGCGGUUGGAAGCUGAAAAAGACAAGAAGCGCUUACUAGCUGCUGUUAGCUCACAGAAAAUGCUCAUCGAAGAACUCAUCUCAGUGAUACGCAAGUUCAUGCGCAGUGUACCAGCAGUUUGCCAUGUUAGCCUGCAAGACGUGCGUGUGCUGGAACAACAAAAGGAUAUGGAGCUGUACAACAUGUUGAUGAGGGAAAUGGACUCAAAUUUCUCGAGUAUUGGAAGCGUAUUAGCUGCUCAAGGUGUGGAAUUGAUGAGCGAAGGAGUGGUUAAAUCGAUCGUAAAGUUCACUGACGGUCGUGUCAAGAAUUUUCAGUAUCGACGUAAAACCGUAUUCCCAUUCCAGUUCGACCAAGUCUGUCGCUCGUUAUGGGAACGUACCCAUCUAUACCAUCAGUUGUGCGACCGCCAAGUGAGCGAAGUGUUCAACUCGGAGAACUCGUACGCCGUCAAGCUCCGCUCCACGAGAAAGCAUCCAGCUUCUUGUUCAGCGUCAAUUCUGCACCGUCUUGUUCUCCGUCGCUAUGUUUUAGAAGGUGACGUAGUGAUUGUGUGGAGAGCAUUUGUCGAGGGUGAAUUCGCGCUCAAGGGAAUGAAUUCAAGCGAAUCCGGAUGGAUUCGACUUCGCCCGAGCAACACUGGUAUCGUGAUGGAGAUGUACGUGAAUCAAAUGCCUGUGUGUUUGAGCUCGUUCCAAUCGUGUGGCUCAAGAGUAGCUGAGUUUAUAGAAAUGGUACUAGACUUUGGGCAAGACAACGAAGAGCAAGUUUUUGGUGGAAUGGCGUCGCUCUCCACCGUUGACGAUCGCAACUUCUUGGGGCUCAACAAGGCCACAGAGCGCUUAAGCUUACGCCAACUGAAGGUAGAAAGCUGAUUAGUUUUAAUACGUGUCGUUGACACUGAGAUUUCUUAGAGUUACACAACGUGUUACGUGCUUUAUAAGAAUUAGUCAAUGGUCUCAGU